AUGGCAUCUCUAUUCAUAAAGAAAAUGCUGUUUACAGUCAGCAGUCCUCUCUUCCAUAUGAGCAGAUGUUCAACUAAGCCUUCCUCGAUCUCUGCAUUCCUGUUUGCUCCCCGACAAAAUACAGUUUCCCUAGAUGCAGGUCCCGUGAAGUAUAGCUCAAUGAUUCAUCCAUUUCUUUCAUGUCACCUGCUUCCAGCCUUUCAACCUGCUCUUGGGUUCAAAACCAAAGCUGUCCUCAAGAAGCGCUGCAAGGACUGUUAUUUUGUGAAAAGGCGAGGACGAUGGUUUGUCUAUUGUGAAACAAAUCCGAGACACAAGCAGCGACAGUUGAAGUCUGAUUACUGA